AAAAGCAAGUAUGGUUGUCAUGGCUGGGGACAUCGGAAGUAAAAAAAACUGAUACAGUACAUAAGUGCAUAUGCAAUGUAAACGCCCUGGCCCUUUGGUACCAAGCAAGUUUUAUUUAUGUCAGUUUGCCAUCACAAAAUAAUACGUGUGCAAAUGAUUUUUAGAAUUUUGCAAACCAGCUAGCCCAAAACAGUACAAGUAGUUCUUACGGAAUUUAAAAUCCUAUGCACAGUAUCCUCAUAAUCUUUCGAAAGGAAAGCUGCACUGAAGACUAACGGUGCAACGGAUCCAAGGUAAACCCAAGGAAUUAACAAGAUGUCACUGUCUUGGCUUUGACGCAAAUACCUGACACGGCACCAACCGAAGACAUGAAGCGGAGGGAAAAUCAACUGUCGGUUACUCUCUUGAAAGCCAUCCAAAGCGAGAUUGACCGACAUACAGCAGACGUGAAACGGGUGACUAAGAAAUCGUCGUCUACAACAACGCCACACACGAAUGACCAAGCACAUUCAAAUUUACACUCAAGUUCUCUCAGGUUUCCAUUUACCGUUGAGCUACCCCCGGAAGACGACCGCAGCUUGCUCGACUUUCUGAUACGCAAUGCUACACCCAGAAAGUCACCCAGAAUUCCUGAUCCUUUGGGAGGUACUGUGAAGCGCAAAGAUCGUUAUCCCACAGCCAAACUUUCCAGACUGAAAGAGUGCAGAGUGGAUUCGCCGUAUGGCCAUACACCGUGGCUUAACCAAUCCAUUAUGAACAUUAAUCCAUUCAAGCUGAAUAAAAAUCUAGACUUAAUCGAACUCCGAGAAAUGCUUGAACACAGCCGGAAGAAAGAAAAGAAAACACCGAUCUUUGACGAAGAAAGCGAUGCUGUACAAUAUCGCAUUUUUAACGACAGACGCCUUUUGGCGCCGACUUUCAAUCCCCGUAAAGCUGGCUUGUGUGGCAAAGCCCAACGAACAUCAUCAGGAGAUACCGACAAUCGCACAAUGCAUGUUAAGUAUUCUGGACCGAAAUUUCAUUUUCGGAACCCCGGUGCUUUGUUGAAGGAGACUAGGAAGCAUCGGAAAAUGGAUCGAGAGACCAGACUAGACAUUACCAACCGCAUACGGGAAACGCAUCAUGCAAACGUAAGCAUGGUAAUUAAGCGCCGUAUGGUGGACUUGUUAAACAGUUCAGUUUCGAAAUUCGAUUCAGACAUCAUGCAACUGGAAGAAGAAACCGAAAUCACUGCGAAAGAAUUUGAUGAUUAUUUACACGAAAGCGAUGGAAAAACCAUAGUUGCGAUAAAGAAUGCCGAAACAGCCCGUGUGGAACGGCUAAAUUUGGAAAAGGUCAUUCGACAAUUGGAGCUUAACAACAACUUAUUAGAGUGCCACAAUCUUCGUAAAGAAAAUCGGGUCAAGCUGAUUGAGCGAUGCUUGGAUGCGCUGUACACUGUUUCAUUUGAAGACAAGAAACGAUUUCAUGUCGAAUAUGCAAAACUCAAGGAACAAGAACUGGAGGAGGAAAAGCCCAGACCCGGCGAAACAGAAAAAGCGUUGCCGCCACACAAAAGCAUGAGUGAAGAAAGUCAGAACAGCACUAUUGCGAAUGACGGAUCUGUUGUGGCAUUAUCCUUGCUACCGGAAUCGAAUACCGCCAGCAUAAUAUCGCAAGUGGUGACGUAUUAUGACAAUGCACAAAAAUCUGUGGAAGUGUGUUCAGCUGCCAAACAGGACAUUCGGGAUAUCAAACACCACGUGAGCGAAAAGCUUGCUGACAUUCAAAGGCUUGUUGAAGCCAGAGAAAGUAAAUGCGAACUCCUGAGGAAUCAUAGCGGACUGCUGCGAACUCAAAUGGAAGAUCUUCAGCAGACGGUAGCGACGUCUGAUGAAAGAUCGGGAAACCGAGUAUUUUUUAGAGCACCACUAGAAACGCUUCGAAACUGCAUUGUCGAUUUAUACACCAAAUACGUCAAAAAAAUCACAGAAGGCGAUCCCUCGGACGCAGAAACACUGCUUGCUGCUAUUAUCGAAAAAGUCGACCGCUAUAAUUCCGACUUGCAGCACUUCCCGGAAAGCACUAGAAACAAAUGGUUCGUUAAAGUGAACCAGGACCGAAUAGCCGAAGAGCGCUUCUGUAGCAACGUGCGUGCCAAAGAUGAAAAAAGCAAGAAAGAAGCAACGGCGGCCAGCAAGCACAACCUCUUUGGUCAUCUGUAUCGCGAUGCUGUCAUGCCGAGAAAAGCACCAAGGUCACGGUCACAGCCGCCUUUGGCAAAAAAGGGCAAGAUAGUACAACAAACGUUGAGCCUCCUGGAGGAGACUGCAAAGCGAAUACUGACUGACCCCACAGAAAAACAGAAAUGGCUGGUGACAACAGGACAGAGCUUGGAUGAACUGCUGGAUGACUCUGGGCCGGCAGACAAUUUGUUUCAAGAUGAGAUGGAGACACAAAGUCAAUCAGCAGAUGAAUCACUAAACGACACGUCUGCACCAAUUACAGAAAUGGAUCCAACAAUUACUAGUCAGACUAAAUUAAACCCCGAUGCUGAACCCGAACAGCCCGUUGCGACACAGGAUUCUGAGUCCGAAAAUGUCGAACUCCAAGAGCAGCUGGUUGAUGAAGAGGAAAAGUUUAUUAGCAUGUUGGUUUCACGGUUUUCGGUCAGUGCUUCCGGUUCCGAAAAUGUCACGGCAGGAAUUCAGCCACAUCAAAGCUCGUUGGUUGAUGAUUUUUUCGGUUCAUUUGACACCAGUACCGAUGCUGACCAACGGACAUUUGGGCAGUUUAGAAGGUCCAGGGCGUCGGCGGAAGCGCGACGACGAAGCAGCAAAUUGUAUCAAAUGGGUGGUGUUUCCGAUAUGCCUUUGGCAAAGGUCGACAGUCUGCUGUCCAUUACACCAGAACCGAAGUCUGAUAUUACUGUAGAUGCAGAUAAAGGAAAUCAGUAAUGAAAAAUUUUACGAAAGUACCACUGCAGAAAAAAAACGGAACCGAUAAAAAACUGAUUGGCCGGUUUCGGCAUACCGCAUACGGACUUCCACACUUAUACCACUAUCCAUAAGAUGGUCGUCUUAACUUAUGCUGUAACAAAGUUUGCGGAAAGCCUCAAGUUAUACUAAGUACUACUGCACUUCAGUGGGAAAGGCAAAGCUGUCAAGAGGUUGGUAAGAGUAGUCUUCGCUUGCAAGUGAUCUCAUUAGUUUCUUACCAAUGUACGAAUAAAUGGCCG